AUGUCGUCAAAACAACCGCAGCUCGGCAGCCUCGCCAUCCAAGCACCCACAUUGACUCCCAGGACGGUGCACGUAACUCCAUCAACGUGUCGUGAUAUCUCUGUCUUCAAGGACCUGAUGAACCAGUAUAGGAAGCUCGACGAUACAAUCAACAUGCGGCUGAAUCGCACGACCGCACAGUUCCGCGACAGGGAGCGGUCAGGGCUCAGUGGGAAGGGCGGUGUGGAGGAGCAAGCCUGCAUCCAGGUCUGGAGGGAGCUCGUCGCGAACUGGUCCCGGCGCAAAGAUAUUGUGGACUACUGCGUUGGGGUAGUUGACCAGUCGCUAGAAGAGAAGCGCGAGCUGCUCCAGAGCGCCGGAGAUGAUGCCUCAGCCCAGCGCAAAGCGAAGGGCGUCUUGUACGCGGAAGAGGUCAAGCGAAACCAACUCCACAACGAGCUGACGGUCGAGACCAUCGUGCGCAAGCGCGCCUCCGAAGCAUUCCGGUCUCGGUGUCGAUAUUUCGAACCGCCGCCGUCCGAUGCAGAAGCCCGCAAGUGGUGGGACGCCGUCUGACACUGAGCGGAUCUGUGGCGCUCCUCUCCCUUGUUCUCCUUGCAGACGUAUCCAACCACAGCACCCCGGCGUGGGAUGAUCGCUCAAAUUCGAUGGUGAUAUCCCUUCGCCGCCCGCAGGGAUGGGCUUCUACCGCGCGCGGAUAUGUACGUCGGUGGAAGAGAGUGUAUUCUCCGCACUGCGCCCGUAGGAAUGCAGUGCGCGCUUCUAUCAGCUACAACAAUCGACCAGCGGGACUAGUGCUCCAUGGCCGUCC